AGUAGUAAAUCGUUUCCACACAAGCAAUUCCAGUGCAAAACUGACAAUAAAAAAUCUUUUUGCAAGGUUAGUUUCAAAAGGAAACCUAUGCAUCUGCUCGUGUUAUAUGGUCAUCAGUUGAAAGUCAAAUCGAUGUUAGGCAGGAGAAUUGCCAAAGAUACUGCUUCGUCUAGCCAGGAUACCCAGAUACUUUUUUCUGGCGAAGAGUGGAAAUGAUUUUUCGUCAAGCGGUCAGCGAUCGUCAAGUGUUAAACCAAUAAAAAAGCAACAACAUGGCAGGUAUACCGAGAAUAUAAUUUUGUAAAGAAAAUAACAUAUUUUUCGCGCCAUAUGACCUGGGUUACUAGGUGGUUCUCGCAUCAACAGAUUUGUUUAAAUACUGGCAUCUUUUUGCACCAAAAGCUGACUUUUCACUCAUGUUGAUUGACAUUCGGUUUCAUUGCUGGUUUCUGACAUUUUUUUCUGUUGAUUGGUAAGAAAGAAUAUCCAGCGAAAUAUCCUUUUCAUAAACUAUUUAAUUAGUCAAAUUUCAGAUAUUAAUUGCACAAUUAGCUAAAAACUCGGGUUGUUAGGAGUCCCGAGAUUCUGUCGAUAUCGAUAUCUGAAAAACAAAUUGGAAUGAGCGCCAGCGUAAAAAAGUCUAUGUAAACAAGUCAAUAAUGUUUUGCCGUUUUAAGCCUGCCGUAAAUAAAGGCCAGCAGAGUAUAAUCAGACACAUUGUCUUAUAAAAACUUUUCAGCCCUGGAACCGAACACUAUUUUUUUAAAGACGCCUAUUCUUUUACAAAACGUAAAUACGCUAGCCUAAUAUGCCCAAAAGGACACAUGAUAUUUAUGUUGGCACCAAAAUUAAACGGUACUUAUGUGAAAUCACGCAACGCUUGGCAAGCAUUAUAGUUUCCUAGGGAGCAUUAAUGUAUAAAUAUAACGAUUUUGAUUGGUUUGGAAUAAAUUAUCUCGGUCUGCCCGAUUUUAAUGCGUGCAGACUAUAGGAAGAUAAUUAUUAUGUUCAAAUAUAGACAAAAACAAUUUCUAGGCAAAAUCAUUCAUCUUUACGUUUACGUUUUAUAUAAAAGCAGAUUUUUUGUGUCGCUGUCCAUAUAUUUACUAAUCAAACUUUACGCACGUACUAUCAUCCAUUUCACUAAUACGUCGUAACCACGUGAUUGGUUGUAAAGAAAAGGAAAUUGACAACAUUAUCAUAAAAAGAGUGGAAAAUAAAGUGCACAGUCUUUGAAAACGUUUUAUAAAGAGAUACUGCUGCUAGUAACCUAUUUUUACAGAAGUUUUUGUAUAUUUGUGAUUUCGAAUUAGUCAUGACGACAACUAUCUCCACUGCGCAUGGCCCGAUUAAGGUAUGUGGGUUUACACUAUUCUAUAAUGGGGACUGUUCAUUCUUGUAUUUUACCUAUCCUUUACGUUUUUAGGCCAUUCAUAUACAAGUUCCAGUUGGAAUACCUACUCCUGAUGGAGGAUUAGAAAUUCCGAACCGAGUAUUCUUAGGCGGUAUCCCAACUGAGGUUUAAUGUUUAUUAAUUUGCAUUUUAACAUUUUUUAUUUUUUUUUUGAAAUCUUUUCUUCGGCAUUACAACAAAAAAUAUUUUCUUCGCUGUUUGCAACCUGUAAAAGGUAAAAUCCAGUCAAAACACAGACAAUAUAUGGUGUUAUUUUUAGACAACGGAACUGGAGCUUGAAAUUUUCUUUUCCGAUUUUGGUGUUGUAAAAGAUGUUCGUAUUGUUACUGAUCGUGUUACUGGUGAAUGCAAGGGUUAUGGCUUCGUUACCUUUGAAGAGCAGGAGGACAUAGGCGGAUUGUUGAAAAAGAAAUCAAUUAUGAUGAAGGGGAAGAAAUUGCGGGUUAGAAAGGCUAUAAGGAGAAAUGGUUCACAAUUUCACAAUUCUAGUGACGAAAGCUUGUCACCUAACCACUCUCCAAUUUCUGGUGAGAUCUUCACAUCUGAACCAUCAUACUUUACUCCUCUUCAACAGCCGCCAACCUAUGUAGCAUCAUCACAAUUUACUCAACAGCAGAUGAGCAGCUACCCGCAUCCGUGUACCAUACCACAACAUGGACAAGCGUUUCCUUCAGCAAUGCCGUAUCCAGUUGCUCCUAACUUUCAUCCUGUAUUUUAUUACCCAAUCAUGAACCCUCCUGCUCACGUGACUCACGUGCCAAUGCCGAUGUAUCAUCAGAUCUAAUUUUGGAGUAUCUGAAUGUCAAUUUAUUGUCGUGACAGCGAUGACAACAAUCUAUAAAUUUGUAUAUUUGUGAGGUUUCUCCGUGGCGUUGCCUGCUAAAUUUUAUGUGGCAAUCUUUGUAUCGUGCUGUUUUGUCAAUCAUUUUUUAUAUUUUAUCUUUUUGUCAGCAAUAUAGUAUAUUACAUAAUUUUUAGAAAACAUUGUUACUAGUGAUAAUAUAUAUUUCUGUAUGAAUAUUUUAUUAUAUACAUUUUACAUUGUAACUAGUUUUCGUUGCAGAAAUCUCAAAAUAUAGAUUUGGUGUUACUCCUA